AUGCCUAGUUGGCUCACCAGCCUGCAGUUCCGGCUGAUUCUGGCCUUCACCGCCACGCUGACCCUGGCGCUGGCGGCAGUGGGAAUCUUUGUGAGUGUAGCCGCGGGAGCAGAAACUGACCGGUUCCAGACCCGCAACCAGGAGUUUCGAGUGGGGCGCGUUCACCGCAUGGUCGCCCGGCAUUUCUCGGAAAACCGGGGCUGGGAUGGGGUUCAACCCUCUUUGGAGCAGGCCGGUUCCUUCUACGGCCGCCGCUUCGUGGUUAAAGAUAAUGACGGAGACGUGAUAGCCGAUUCCCACCAUCGCGAAACCAGGGGCGCCUCUGGGCGGAAUACCCGGGGGCGCUCUGUGCCGAUAGAAAUUGAAGGGAGCACCGUGGGGUUUUUGGUAUCAGCGUCCGAAGGAGUGGAUGGCGACGGGGGUACGGGCCUUCUCGCCGGUGGGCCACGUGUUCAACCCCCGGGACCGGAACAGGUUCGCGAGCCCCUUGUUUCCCGGGUGGCGGCAACUGUUAACAAGUCCCUGCUACUGGCUGGGCUGGCCGUCGGAGCAGUCGGAAUAGUCCUCAUUGCUUUCAUAUCACGCCGGAUUCUGGCGCCGGUUCGGGCCCUUGGCGGCGCUGCCCAGCGGCUUGGUCAGGGCGACCUCGGCCAGCGUGUCCCUGCCUCGGGCCCUUCGGAGAUACGCGACCUGGGCAAUACCUUCAAUACAAUGGCCGAGAACUUGCAGGCCGCGGAACAGCAGCGCCGCAAUUUGGCCGCCGACGUUGCCCACGAGUUGCGCACGCCCCUCUCCAAUAUCCAGGGGUACCUGGACGCGGUCCACGACGGCUUGCUGCAGCCCGACCAGGCAACCAUAGCCACCGUGCGCCAACAAACAACCCUCCUGGUGGCCCUGGUCGAAGACCUGCGCCUGCUGGCCUUGGCCGAGGCCGGCUCCCUGGCCCUGCAAAUCCGGCCGGAGUCCCUGCAAGACCUUUCUGGAUUCCUCCAUAGAAGCGUUCCGACCCCGGGUUGA